AUGUCAUCCGACGUCAUCGCCGAGCAGCUCUCGUUCGACGCGUUCGAGCGCGCGUUGACGACCGUUUCGAACGCGCCGUCGACGAGCACGCGAUUCGUCGAGCCGCCCACGCUCGAGGAAUCUCUCGAGCGCGUGCGCUCGCACGGCGUCGUCGCCGACGCCGCGGACGCGUACGGGGCGUACGUGUCACUCACGCGAAGUGGAUUGUGGCGGGACAUCGCGCCUAGAAGAGACACGCGCUCGGGAGGGUUGAUUUACUUGAUGUGCGAACCGCGAGAGACGCCGACGGAGCGGCGAAAAGGCGAACCGCGAGAGAAACGAUCGAGAUCGAUCGCGGUGCCGUUUGCGGUGACUCGAGCGUGCGUGACACCGGCGUUCUUGGACGUUGCGCUGUACCUGGGAGCGAACGACGCGUGGCCGUGGACGUCCUCCACUGAUGCCGGCUCGGAAUCCGAGCGCCCGACUCUACUGGUGAUGAUAGAUUCCGACGGUACGACGACAACGAGUCGAUUAUACGACGGUUUCUUACCCCCAGCCGACGUCCCGGAGAAAACCGGUGACGGCGACGAUUCGGACGAUGACGGCGAUGACGCGACGCGGCCGAACGCGAACAUCACGAAGGCGAAGACGAUCGCGAGCGACGGUGAAUCCGACGAAGACCUCCUGGAUGACGAUCGGGCGCUCACGCUCGCCCAGAAACACGCUCGACCGGACGCCGCGUCGCCCGUCGAUCCGUAG